AUGCCAGUUCUUACUAUUCUGAGCAGUAACAGGACAUUUGUUGUGUACACGGACUCGUCAUUAGCAGGUUUGGGAGGUGUUCUUAUGCAGACUCAGAAGAACUACCCCACUCAUGAUUUAGAGUUAGCAGUGGUUGUAUUCGCGCUGAAGGCGUGGAGACACUACUUAUAUGGAGUACAAUUCGAGCUUUUCACAGACCAUCAGAGUUUGAAGUACCUUUUCUCCCAGAAGGAAUUUAAUCAGAGGCAGCGGCGAUGGAUUGAGUUCAUCAAGGACUAUGAGUUCACGAUUCACCAGUUCGACUUUAGGCUAGAGUUUGGCGGGACCAGCGUAUAUUUAGGAGCUAUAUCAGUGCAGCCAUCUUGGAGGGACAAAGUAGUCAGAGCUCCGUUAGAGGACUCUUGGAUUAAAAUCUGGAAGGAGAAGAUUUCCAAAGAGCCCAUGGAUGAUUGGACCAUCGGAGCAGAUGGAGGCCUUCGAAUGAAGGGUCGAUUAGUUAUGCCAGCUAGUGUGGAGCUGAAGAAGUUGUUUGAUGAAGCACAUCGUACCCGAUAUACAAUGCAUCUAGGAACCACCAAGAUAGAGGACAAGAUGCUUAGAAAUAAAGUGAUUCCUUUGGUGAAAGUCCAAUGGAACUGGAGAGGAUCUGAGGAGAUUUCUUGGGAGAGUGAGGAGGAUAUGCUUCGUGACUACCCACACCUGUUUGAGCAGGCAGUAGCUCAGAGUUUCGGAGAGCCGCAGGAUGACAUACUUCCAGCAUAG